AUGAGCUCUGGAGAGCAUGCUUUUGAGGAUGAGCUGCCUUCAUCCGAAAGAGCUAAAAAAAGAGCGAGAUACACUCAAAUUGCUUGCAACGAGUGUAAGCGGCGCAAGCUAAAAUGCAGCGGCGGAUCCAUUUGUGCGCGAUGUGACCGAGAUAAUGUCCCUUGUGUCUACGCUACUACUCGCACAUCGGCUCACCCGGGUGAGUUUAAGGAUCCACGAGUGGGCACGCGAUUUCAUGACGUGGAUCAGCAACUAGAGAGUCUGCAACGGCAAAUACAAGUGUUGUCAAGUCGUUUAAUCAAGCUCGAGUCUUCCAGUCCUCAAUCGGUAGCCACGCCGAAGAGUUCGGAACAGAGUGGCUUGCACCGGAUCUUAAAUGCUCCCAAAUCGCCACAUUAUAUUGGCCCAACCAGUGCAGAAUUUGGGUUGAAUCAACCGAAGAAUUCUUCGACUGAUAAUACGCAGCAUCAUGAUGAGGAAAUGGGUAUUCCAGACACACCAAGCCCUGCGGCAUCAGGAGAGGAAGAUGUCCUGCCAGUGGUAUCCACUGGAGAUACGCUAAGCCUAUCUCUUGAAGACACCUUGAAUUUGGUCCAGAUCUAUGAGGAUAGUGUUGGAAUAAUGUAUCCCUGUGUCGACUUGGACAGUGUUCGAGAAUACGUCCAUGAAUAUUAUCGGUCGAAUGGCAUAUAUGAGAUCAGCAGUGCAUCAGAAGCCUUGGCGCAGGAUGCACCAGAUCAGGAUUGGUUUACAGCCCGAGAUAUUCAAGUAUUGAAAAUAAUUCUAGCUACUGCUCUUCUGGCAGAGUCUCACGGCCGAAGUGAGUUCGCAGCCCAACUAGCAGAUAGUGUGGAAGAUCGUUUUUCGGGCCGAUUCAGGGUUGCGGAGGUGGAUAUGAAAGAAAUUCUCAUAAUGACCUUACUGUCCAUUUUUCAUUCCUAUCGCGACGAUGAAGUCAUCGCAUGGAGGUUCAUACGAAAUGCAUCUAGUGCGGCAAUGGAGCUAGGCUUACAUCGCCAGGAAACUUGGCAGAGGACGGGCGGUGUUUUCCCGGGCGAGGUUGCAUGGACUUGGGCCAGGAGACUGUUCUGGUGCAUAUAUGUACUCGACCGUAAAUGGUCUUUUGGCACUGGACUUCCAUUCGGCAUUCAAGACAUUGAUAUUGAUACGAAUCUCCCCGAGCCUGGCGAUUCUACCCCAUAUCUUACUUGCAUGAUAUAUCAUGCACGUUUGAGCACAAAGAUCUGGGGGCUUAUUAUGGAUUGGCCGAAUCGCUCACGAGUGGCCACCUCCGACCAAUGUGCGUACCUAGACACGCAAGUGCAACAGUGGAUCUGGUCCAUCCCGACCGAGCUAAGAUUCGAUCCGAACCAGACACCGGAUUCUAUCACUGGCCCUGGAAAGUCAGAGCACCGCGACCGCAUUAUGAUGCUUCAGGUACUACUUGCUCUGCAGGGUAACCAAUUACGAAUCCAGGUGUAUCGACAAAAUCUCCUCAGUAGUGAACAUAUUAUGGAGGAUCCACAAGGCGCAUCCACGGCAGUCGAAACGGCAAAGCGAACUAUCCACAUGCUUGAGAAUUUCAGCGCAGUGUCGCAUAUUUACUUCCAACGUCCUGAGCCGUUCAAUUAUUUUCUGAUAUCAGCCCUCGCAGCCCUUUUUCUGGCAGUUAUCCAUGCGCCCAACACAUUUCGUCACGUCUGUCGCCCGGAAUUCUACACAGCAACGGAGCUUGUGCGUCGCUCUGCCACUCGAGCCCGGACAUCAAGACGUCUGCAGAAGAUUAUCCGCAGUUUGAAACAGAUAGAACUGCAUAAGAGCAAUCCAAAGCGUGAAAUGACCGGAAUUCGACAGCCUAUAUUGAGUCAGAAACUUGGCGGGGCGAGCAAAAACCCUGAACAAAAUCAUUUGACAACAUCACAAUCUUCAACACCCAGGGCUCAGAAUAUGUGGAAUUUGACACCGGCAUUGUCGGCCUCACGGAAUGCUUCUUCAACGCAUCAACCCUACGAUAUGUCAAGUUCAUUCUGGGCAACGGACCCAAGUGCUGUUACAGAAACUGAGCCUAACAUGUGUGAAGACUUGAGUAGUUUCUUCGAAACCGCCGGGGAUCUCUAUUUUGACCCUCAGGCCUUUGACCUCCCUGGUGACAUGGAUAUGGGCUUUUUUGCCCCGACAGGGCUACCCUCCCCCCAAUGCUUUGGAUAUAUUCGAAGCCGAUAA